AUGGGAGCGUUCAGGCUGCUGCUGCUGGGGACUUUACAUUACCUGGGACUCUACCUGCAACUUAGUGUCUCCACGAGGCAACCUGGACACGGCGAGACGGAGAACCACGUCUCUGGGAACGCUAUGUUCACUGAGGUGCCUCACGAUAUGACCGCCCAGAGAGGUCAGGACGUGGAGAUGGCCUGUUCCUUCAGAGGGGCGGGAACACCGUCCUACUCGCUGGAGAUCCAGUGGUGGUACAUCAGGAACCAUCUGGACUGGACAGACCGGCAGCCCUGGACGACUAAUGAAGUGGCUCCUGAGGAGGAGAUGCCAAAGGAUGCUACAAAGAUAAGU